GUUGCUACGGGGUGGGAGAAGGACAAACGCGCGCGUUUACCCACUCACAUACACAUACACACACGCCCAUCGGUCUCGCCGGUGCGAGGGGCGCCGGGCAGUGCCCUGCCGAGGAUGGAGGAGAAGCCCUCCGCCGGCAUCAGGCCCCACCUGGACAAGCUCACCCUGGGGGUGACGCGGAUCCUGGAGACUUCACCAGGUGUUUCUGAUGUGACAUUAGUGGAAAAGGAGCCAGCUGAUCGCCAUGCAAUUAUUUCAUGGGAGCAAAAAAACGCCUGCAUAUUGCCAGAGGAUUUAAAGAACUUCUAUCUGAUGACUGAUGGCUUCCAGAUGACUUGGAGUGUAAAAAUCGAUGAUACUCCAAUGCCCCUGGGCUCCAUGGUGAUUAACAGUAUCUCGAAGCUUUGUCGGCUUGGAGGUUCCUCCAUGUACACCGUGCCUAAUGCACCAUCUCUUGCUGACCUGGAAGAUGAUACAGAUGAGGAGGGUAAGGUGCUGUUAACAGGUAAUGAAGACAAACCAGAGAAACCACACUUUGAUUCUCGUAGUCUUAUUUUUGAACUAGACCCGUGCAAUGGGAAUGGGAAAGUUUGUCUCGUUUAUAGGCAUACUAAACCAGUUGUGUCCCCAGACACAGAGAUAUGGUUCCUAGACAGAGCUCUGUAUUGGCAUUUCCUCACCAAAACCUUCACAGCCUACUACCGCCUGCUCAUCACUCACUUGGGUCUCCCACAGUGGCAGUAUGCCUUCACCAGCUAUGGAGUCAGCCCUCAAGCCAAGCUCUGUUAGCAGGUGGUGGAAGCUAAUUAAGUGCUUGCUUUCUGGACUUGGAGGCCAGUGUCCAUUUCCAUGACUACUAGAGGAGAUGUAAACUCAUUUGUUUAAGUGGUAUUUGUCUAGAUCAGCUUUCUAGACAUAGCACCAAACAAGAUCCUACUGCUGAUUAGCUGGAGAGGUAACUCCAAGAAUACAUUACACAGAAGCCCAGAGGAGAACUAUGAACUUCAGCCUAGUAAAGAAUACCAAUUCUUCUCCUAUCCUCAUCAAUCACAAAGGGAUACCCCGAUAAAAACAGUGCCCAGAAGAGCAGAUUAAAUGCCAGCAAUCACAGAAGUACUUGUAGGAGAGCUCCAAGCACAGACCAGUCCAGACCCUUUGUACUACUAAAAUAGCCAUUCUGUUCUGCCAGUAGCCUGCUUAGAGGUUUCUUUUCAUUCCUCUGUGCUUGACUGGGCCUUCAACAUUAACCCAGCUUCCACCUUGUGUGAGCUGGUGCUGUGCAUGCUAGCAAGGCCUGACAGGUCUUGUUGAGUGUCCUGCACUUAACCCACACAUGAUGGCUAUAUUACCAGCAUGACAUUCCUUGUUCCCUGCCUUGUUCCUGUGUGUGCAUCAAAAUUAUUCGCUAAAAUCACUGUCAGAUUCCCUUCUGUCAGUUUGCCCCUUUGCAUUUCUGGUAUUUUCCCUGUCAUACUGUGCUCUACUUUCUUAGUCAGCGCUGUGUGCAUAGUGUAUUAGCAUUUGUCUGUGCUCUGCCUUUUUGUAUUUUUCAUGCUAGAAUAUUUCAUUAUAUUCAGUGUAUUCACAAAACUUAGCAAAAUUAUUCACUCUCUAAUCAUUUGUGGCCUUUGUUAGUUUAAGUCUUCCUAGUAUGUUAACCAUUAUCAUUUGUAAAGGUCUUUAGGGAUGGUAUAUUAAAGCCCUUUGCCAUUAAGCAGUACAUGAACAGAUUGCUAUUUACAUUUGGUAUUGAUCUUCUGUUUAUCUUCUUAAAUACUUCAGUGAGGAUGGUCACAGAUUUGUAAUACUUUAACCCCUGCAGUUUUAUUUCAUGACUUCAUCAAUGGAAAACUGAUAGGAAAAGCACUGAGAUAUGGGAACUUUAGGGCAUAAUUGUGGGGCAUAUGGGAACAACAAAAAAAAAAUCUUGUGGUCACUUCUAAACAUUAAAUCAGGCUGAAGAGAAACAAACACAAAAUCCUUUGUGUCAAAAGUUUAAAAAAAAAAAAAACAUAAUAUCGUAUGUAUGAAGACAGUGAGGUAGGCUAUCUUUUGAGAAGUGCAGCUAGUUUGGUUAUACUUCAUAAGCACUUCUUCAUUCCAGGUUUUUAAUGUUUUCUGCUUCUCUGAGCGUGGAUGCAAGUGGCCUAGUUUCAUCUCCUCCCUUUGCUUUUCCUCGUAUGAUUUAAGUCAGGAGUUGCUCCUGAUUGGAAUUACACUGCAAGAAAAAUAGUGUCAUGUUUGUUUCUGGUUCUCCUCUUCCGUGUCUGGAAUGUGAGGCAGCCCCAGGGCUGUAGCUAUAUCCCUAUCACAAGGCACUCUGCACUGUCCUGUAAACUGCAAAUUGGUAUGCAGAUUAUGAUUAAAAUCAGGGCUCUAGGAUGAGAAGAAACAGGCAGAAAAUGUCUAAUUAUAGCCUGUAUUUAACCUACUCCUUCUCCACCAUCCUGUAUUUCAGCAAUGGUUUAACAUGUAUAAACCCAUAACAAUCAACACAACUCUUCUCUCUGAAGAAGCUGAUUCCUUUGUAAACAAGCUGGACCCCAGUAAGAUAUUUAAAAGCAAGAACAAAACUCCAGUGAUGAAAAAGAAACAACCCUCCCAGCCAGCAGGUGUCCAAAAGAGCAACACUAGCAUGCCCUCCACGAAGACUUCCUCACUAGCUGGGAAUUCUUCAAGGAAGCGAGACCCGCAGAUCUGACCCUGAAAAAAGCAAGAAGCUUUGGUGUUUUCUGAUGCAGAAUCUCAGUGGUUCAAGCCAAGCUCCAUUUGCGUGAAUAGGAUGCAGGAUUUGCAUGAAAUAUAACCAUAGAAUCACAGAAUACCCCAAGUUGGAAGGGACCUAUAAGGAUCAUCAACUCCAACACCUGGUUCUAUGCAGGACCACCCAAAACUCAGCCAUAUCGAUGAGAGCACUGUUCAGACACUUCUUGAGCUCCGUCAAGUUUGGUGCCAUGAACACUGCCCUAGGAAGCCUGUUCCAUGCCCACCACCUUCUGGUGAAGAACCUUUUCUUAACACCCAGCUGCCCCUCCCCUGGCAAAGCUCCAUGCCGUUCCCUUGGGCCCUGUCGCUGUCACAGAGAGCAGAGCUCAGUGCUGCCCCUCCACUCCCUUCGAGGAGAUUCAACUGCCAUGAGGCCUCCCCUCAGCUUCUCUGCUCUGGACUGAACCAGCCAAGGAACCUCAGCCACUCCUCACACACCUUGCCCUCUGGACCUUUUGUGGGAGGGGUGUAUUUCCAGGCAACUUGGAUAACAAACUUUGAGACAUUGAUUUAAUUCCCUCCUGCUUGCAGCAUGUACUUUUCAGAGGGCAUGAAGAAGCCCCUGAUGUCACUGCUCUGUAGGGAACCUGUUAUUCCUGUGUAACUACAGCAGUGAAAUGAAAGUAAAUGUAACUCACUGUUACUUUAAUAGAUCACUCACACUGAAUUAUGGACUGUAUUUCUAUUGUUUCCUUUCAAAGUAAAGUGUCCUGACCUUGCAUGCUAUGGGAGCAGGCUGGAACACACAGAACAAAGAAAUAUCUUCCACUUCAGGCAGGCUCAAACUCUACAUUUCCUGUGCUCCUUCCAGCUUCUGCUCUGAUUCACACUACAGAGGAGCCCAGGGCUUCCAUGUCUCUGCAUUGGCCUGGAGACACUCACUCUACAGUCCAGACCACAUCUCAGCCUUUGUACCAUUUCUUUUCAGAUAGUGAUGUCUGUAUGAUGUCCUUUCCAAUUAGCUUGCCAGCAAUCAGAACCUGCAAGGUCCUUCAUUGUCUCCACUUUCUCCUCUUGUGAGAAAUGCUGAGCUAGGGCAGCUGCAGGUAGGUCUCCAGUGGUAGAGUCCUGUAAGCCAGGAGGACCCCUUGGUUUUCUAUACUGGAUGUUUUCAGGGUAGAACUGCACUUUAGCACAUUGAUUUCUGAUGUUCAGUUACAUCCAUUUCCAUUACUUUUACGUGCCAGUUUGUCCUUUUAGAUAUGCUGAAACCACCGGGUAGCAUGUUUUAUGCCUAAGCAGGGAAAUAAAAGUCACCAUCUCCAAAUAUGAGUUCAUUAUUUAAAUAACAGCAUUUUUUUUAUUUAUGAAAUGCUCACAUAAUUACAAAAGACCAACCUACCUCACAGGGAUGUUGUGAGUCUUUUGCAAGUGUUUGUAUGGUUGUCAGGAAGAUGAAGCCACCCUGUUAAGUGCUCAGUAGUAUUUUAAUAAAGAUUUAAAUAUUUUCCUCCAGA